GCAGCAUAUGUCUAUGUAUUUUACCAACUGACGUAUAGGCAUAGGCAAAUUCUUUAUUGAUCAAAAACAAAUCACAUGAUACAAAGAUCUGUUUAUUAAAUGCGAUGUUUUUGAUUAAUUUACGCAUUUAAUUAAUCAUAAUAGCAUUAUGAAGUCAUUAAGGGAUUUAAUAAGAAACUUUGAUAGGUUAUAUGAUAACCAAUACUGUUCGCGCGAUACAUAAUUUAUAUAUGUUUGUAUUUUGAAUUUUAUUUCUUUAUUUUAUCGUCUUAUAUCGUUAAGAUUGGAAAUUACAUAAAUAUGAUUCCGGACAACUGUGAGCAUAACAGGAUUUGGAAAAAUGUUAAAAUAAACAACGAAGCUCACAUGAUUUGUUUCACGAAAAAGAACGAGCCGUGGAAAGUUCUUUUAACGAAUCUAAUAGAAAUUUGGAUAGAGACUCUGACAGAUGAAACUAUGCUCCACAAAUUUCAGACCUUGAAUCCUCUCUUAAAUCUUGAAGCUGUUGAUUGGAAGCAACUGGUAAUGGAUAUGUUAAACGAUAUUCCCAAGCAUAUGCAUACACAUACUGUAGAACUUUCCACAUAUCGAAUAGAACUGCGGAAAGAUCAAGAUUUUGAAAGAUCAAGAUUGAAAUUGAGAUUCUCGUUAGAUCUUCUCAAAGAAACGCCGCAACAGUUUUGGGAAAAUGUGACCAUGCCUCUCUGCUUGUCAUCGAUGGAACUGGUUCGCCGAUAUAAGAUUCUAUUGGAUUUAGUAAAACAAAAAGAUGAGGAAAUUGCAGAAUAUAAAGCAGAAGGUGCAGAGUUGAUUAGGAAGUAUAUUGCUACAAAACCAUUCAGCGAAGAAUUGUUUCACAUUGAUACUACUGCACCGACUGCGACUGAUUUUGUAAGAACUUUCCAAUCUAUGUUCCAUUUUCAUAAUGAAAUAAACUUGUCAACGCCAUAUAUGAAGAUAGAAUCUGAAAAAUCUUUGCACAAUACAAGUGAUAAUAAUUCUCCAAAGAUUGAUGAAAACAUUUUUCCCAAUUCUAAAGACGAAUUCGUAAAGGAGCUAAAGCAAGAUAAGUCGGAUGAGCAAGAUCAUUCAAAUGUCAAAGAAUACGAACAAGAAGCAGGUCCCUCCAACAAAAUUUCAAUUCCGAAAAUAAGCAGCACAUCUCACAGAAUAUAUAAACUAAAGAAGAAUAAAAAAACCUUGAGCGAUUUCAUAUCAUAGUAAAAUAUCGUUUUCGGCUAUUAGGAUUCGCGUCUUUGUGUAAAUUUGUUAAUAAUGAUAUUUAUUGAAAGAAAAAUAUGUUGAGAUAUAUUUAUAUAUAAUUUUAAUCUAAGUCUUUAAGGAAUGAGACUCAUAAAAAUAAAGUAAAUCGCAAAUGAAUAUUAUAAUGUUAUAUAUAGAACGGGUUUGUACAUAAGAAAUAAUAGCAUUUUAUAUAUGUACUGUCUGUAGUAUAUUGAAUGAACAAUAUACUUUGUAACUGUCUUAACACAAUAUAUAAAAUGCAAUGUA